GGCAUGUUUAUUUUUAACAAGCCCACACUGCGCGUGCGCAUUCGACAGUGCGACCCGGAUUUUCUUUCGAGUAACAUUUCAUUCUGAUUUUAUGUGUUUCUUUUUUCAUGUACAAGAUAACUAUUUUGAAAUAAAUUCAUCUUUUAAUAGAAUAAACACUUGUAUGAUGGAAGAGAAAGGGGUGUGCAUGAUCUGCCUGUCUCCGGCCGAGCACAAGUGCUCCGGCUGCCAGGCGGUGCACUACUGCAGCAAGGAGCAUCAGAAGCAGCACUGGAAGGAGCACAAGCACUCAUGCGUACCGGCUAAAGUGAAAGAAGACUCCAAAUUCGGCAGGUACUUGGAAGCUACGCGGGAUAUUAAAGCUGGAGCUAUUAUUUUAAAAGAGAAGUCAAUUAUUACAGGACCUGCACAGGUAACACCUCCCGUAUGCCUUGGUUGCUACAUACUUUUGGAGGAAGGGAAAACAGUUAUCUGUGAUAAAUGCGGUUGGCCGUUCUGCUCAAAAGCCUGUACUCUUAAAGAAGAACACAAACCUGAAUGUUACUAUACACAACAGAAAGGGGAGAAGAUAUCUAUAUCGACAUUCGGAACUCCACAUCCGAAUUACCAAUGCGUCACGGUCCUGCGGUGCCUGUACCAGCGCGACCACAAUCAAAAGCUGUGGGCCAAGUUACAAGAGCUGGAGUCUCACUGCCAGGAUCGACGAGGGACGGACAAGUGGGAGAACGACAGAAAGAUGAUAGCAGAGUUCAUCUGGAAGUUCUUUAAGCUAGACGGGACUUUUAACGAGGAUGAAAUCAUGAAAUGCUGUGGAAUAUUGCAGAUAAACGGACAUGAGGUGCCCUUACUGGAGCCUGAAUAUGUGGCCAUAUUUGAUCGAAUUUCGAUGGUGGAGCACAACUGUCGUGCCAAUUGUAAUAAAAGCUUCACUUCGGAUGGAGAUAUGAUUCUGUGUGCGGGCACGAAUAUCCCAGCUGGCUCCCAUAUCACGGUGUGCUACACGGAUCCAAUGUGGGGCACGGAAGCUCGCCGCCACCACCUCGCCGAUACCAAAUUCUUCGAGUGCAACUGUGACAGGUGCUCCGACGUCACCGAGCUCGGCACCAUGUACAGCAGCAUCAAGUGUAAAAAGAAAGGAUGCAAAGGAUUUCUCUUGCCGGAGACUUUCAUUCUCCCCAUCUUGCAUAAGACGGUGAAACCUGAUCCGAAAACACAGAACCUAGACAACAAGUUCUGGGUAUGCAACUGCUGUAAAGACGCAGUGUCCGAUGCAAUCAUUCAGCAACUACUACAAGACAUCGGCAGAGAGCUGAGUGCUAUGCCAAAGGGAGAUCCUGAUUCCUGUGAAAGAUUCAUCAACCACUGCAGCAACUACCUGCACCCCUCCCACUACUAUAUGACUGACGUGAGCCUGGCGCUCGCUCAGAUGAUCGGCCAGGAGGAGGAGCUCGGCCUCGCGAAGGUCAGCGACGACCGCCUCCUCCUCAAACUGCAGCUGUGCAGGAAGAUCACCGAUUUAUUGGAAAUUCUCGCGCCAGCUGAGACCCGUCUCCGAGGCUCCGUGCUGUACGAGCUGCACGCCGCGGUAGCGGAGGCGGGCAGGCGGAAGUCGCUCACAGACGGGCCUAUGGUUCUACUUGGCCACGUAACGGAAUCACGGAAAAUCCUAACGGAGUCCGCGACCCUGCUGAAACACGAGCCUCCGGAGCUGCCCGAGGGACAGCUCUUGCAGCAGGCCAAGAUCAACUUGGUGCAGAUGGACGAACUGAUCAGAAGCUUAUCCAGCGCUCUGCCAUCACCUCUAUAGAAUACUAAUGCAUCAGACUUUAUAAAUUCUAAGAACACUAAUUAACAACACAGUUUACUCUAAAAAUAUAACAUUGAAGACAA